UGCAUUGCAAAUCCCUUUGUGUUCUUCAAAAAAGGUGGUGUAUCACUAAGAGUUGUUUGGUUCCUAAAUGUAUACGCACCUUUUUGGAGUACCAAUUUCUCGUAUGUUUGCUUGUGUGGGAAAUGUCUAAAUUCAUAAAAUAACACUUUUGUAGAUUAGUUGUAAAUCGAUUGGAGCAGCGUUGUAGAAACAUAUUUAAUUUUUUGGAAUUUCGUUGUCCCAACGCUUUUUUGUGUUCUUUUCGUCAGAGAAUCGAUGGCAGUCGACGGUUCGAUUAUGUCGAUUCGACUAUUAUUUUAUGUUGUGAUUUUCUCAAUUCUCAGUUGAAGAGAGAGAGAGAGUAGGGAAGUGUCGCUGUUGACGUUCUACUUUCUUUCGAAUGUUUUUACAGGUGUUGAUUUCCUUGUUUUUUUUAAUUUAAUUUUGUUUUUGUUUUCAUUUUCAUCGGUUUUCCCAUCCGCGAUUUUUAUCCGGGUUUUUCUCUCGGGCCGCUGCGGAAGAAUGUCAAUCGUGUCAAGAACAACUUACCCGUCGAGUUUUCUUUUCUGAUAAUCUUCAAGCUUUUUUUUAACAUACAAACUACAGUCGCCCAUCCGCUUCGCCAGAAGGUUUUUAUACAUGUUAACUAACGCCGUAUCACAAAAAAUGUUUCUCCAAAAUUGAAGUUUAAUUUUCCCGAAGGGAAAAAUCGUAAACAGAAGAACAGUCCUAACAAAUUUCACUCAAAACGGUAAAUGAGGAACUAGUUAUAACAAGAUGAGAAAAGCUAGUAGUAGUAGAACAGGAGUAAAUGAUGAGGAGAAAGGUAGUAAUGUUGGUGGGAGUGCUAGGAAAAGAGGGUUUUCACGGUUUUCGCUAAGACGAUUCCUACACCCCAGUCCACUUCUUGUGAGAAGAUUCCUCUCUCUUAAUCGGCCACAACAGCAGUCGUGUACCCAGCCUCUUCAAACCACUCCAAACUAUGCUUCUGGGGAAACACCAAUCGAUUCCAAAAACAAUCCGGAACAAAAAAAUGAAGAAACUGCUGGACGAACGUCAGUUUCUUCUGAUCCAACAAAGAGUGAUGGAUUGAUUGAAUGCAACCUGUGUUUAAGCGAAUUAGCACCAGAAUAUUUCCCUCAUUUAAUUACGUGUCCCCAUCGUUUCUGCUACGACUGCUUUCAGACUUACCUUAGAAUGGAAAUUUCUGAGUCCCGAGUUUCAGUCUCUUGCCCUCAGUGUUCAGAACCUAUGCAUCCAAAUGAUAUAAGAAUGAUUCUCAACGAUAAGUCACGCUAUGAAAAGUAUGAGGAUUUUAUGGUACGAAAAGUUCUUGCUGUUGAUCCAGAUACAAGAUGGUGUCCUGCUCCAGAUUGUAGUUAUGCUGUGAUAGCUUCAGGCUGUGCUAGUUGUCCAAAAAUAAAAUGUGAGAGGCCAGGCUGUGGCUCAUAUUUUUGUUACCACUGCAAAGCUGCCUGGCAUCCAAACCAAACCUGUGAUGCUGCUAGAGCUCAAAGAUCACCUAAUGUCAGAUCUUCAUCAUUGUCUUUCAGUCAAGAUUCUCAACAUAGAGAUGAUAUAAAGCCAUGCCCGAGGUGCCAAGUUUUGAUUGUAAAAAUGGAUGAUGGUUCUUGCAACCAUAUGACAUGUGCAGUUUGUGGAGCCGAAUUCUGUUGGCUUUGUAUGAAAGAAAUUUCAGAUUUACAUUAUCUUAGCCCUUCAGGUUGUACAUUUUGGGGGAAAAAACCGUGGUCACGGAAAAAAAAAAUUCUAUGGCAGUUAGGAACUCUUGUUGGAGCUCCGGUUGGUAUCGGCCUUGUAGCUGGCAUAGCUGUUCCCGCAAUAAUUAUUGGAAUACCUGUGUGGGUGGGAAGAAAGCUUUACACAAGGUAUGAACACUCUAAUAAACAUAAAAGGAAUUUUGCUAUUGCUGGUGGGGUUUCUGCAUCAGUGCUAAUAUCACCUAUAUUGGCAAGUCUGGCUGUAGGGAUUGGAGUACCUAUACUACUGUUCUAUGUGUAUGGUGUGGUUCCUGUUUCACUAUGCCGCUCUGGUGGCUGUGGUGUGAGCACCUCAGCAACUGGAGUCCGUUUUGACUUUGAUGAUGAGGGUGACAUGAUGGGAGCUCUGGCUACGAAAUCAAGUGAUGGAGAUAGCCAUCCAGGAGGAAAUCCAAGUAUAGGUGAGGUUUCUUUGUCGCUGGGGAGUGGGAGUCAACUUGAGAGAGAGGCUGAUCGCGAGAGUGCAAGUUUUGUAGCCCUUGCUGGAAGUAUUGCCUCCAACAGUAAUACCGGACAAAGGCUUGAAAUAUUGGCUGAUGUAGUAGUUCCACAACGGUUCAGCUUAAGCAGUGAGACUGCCUCAGCAACAGCUAGUCUGUCGGACAAGUCCGCUGUGGAUGAUGGUGGUGCUUCGACAAAGGGACUUGCUGGCUCUGUGCUCAAUUUCAAAAUGGAUGGUGGGUCACUAUCUAACUGUCGAGUUGCAAGCAAUGACAGUACAUCCAUUGUAGAACCUGUCUCUUUGAUACCUCCUGAGACCAUACCUCAGUGGAGUGAACCUCAUGCUCUUAGCUCACUAGAAGAACUUACAACCUGUAUGAUGAGAAAGCUGAUGAAGAAAAAGAAGCUUUUGUACAAGGAAGACACAGAUGAUAUUUCUUCAGAGAGGGUUCGCUUCGACAGUCAUGUCAGCUUCAUCAAUUCUGAUUUAUCACAGAAGCACACAUUUUAUGGAGGCACAGCUAGCCCAGGAGGAAAUUCAAGUAUAGGUGAGGUUUCCCUUUCAGUUGGUAGUGGAAGCCAAUUUGAGACCGAGACAGAUUUUAAGAGUUCCAAUUUGGUUGCCCUUCCUGAUUGCAAAUCUAACAUCACUGGGCAAAGGCUUGAAAUAUUGGCUGAUGUUCUAGCAACACAAAGGCUUAGCUUAACAAAUGACACCGUGCCAGCAGCAACAAAUCUUUUAGAUAAAUCUAUUGUUGAUGAUUGUGGUGCAAGAGCUCUUACUGAUGAUUGUAUGCUCAAUGUCCAGGAUGAGGCAGUAUAUCUUUCUGACACAGUUUCCCAAUUGAUGAGCUCACAGGAAGAUGCUGUUACGUCCAGAAAGGGGGGACGCAGGCACAAAUCAAGUACAGAUCUAGAAGAAGGACCAAGUGGGGAGAAAGUCAGAUUUGAUAAAAAUAUCAGUUACAUCGAUCCCGAAGUAAACACUCAAAGUAGACAUUCUAAAAAACAUAUAGAAGAUAUUCCUCCCUCAACUUCAAAGACUAUUUCAUCAUUGAGAAGUAUGUUUUUCCAGAGUGGAAACAUUAAUAUUGAGAGCCCCCGAAGCCUUGAGGCUCCUAUUUUGUCACUUCUUCCUAGUGAAACUUUCUCUAUUUCUAUGCCAGAGUGAUUGAUUUUUGUGUCUUAUUUCUACACCACUGCCUUUUCCCUUUUCUAUUGUGUUUAUUGCGUAAUUCAAAUAAACACGUUUAUUGAAUUUUGUACAGCGAAAGGAAAUAACUGAAGGUAUGAUUAUGCUUUAAUUUUUCAUUUAAUGUUGACUUUUUAUGUUCUGCCAACUGAUUUAAUUUUUUCCCUCAAAUAGUUGAGGUUUGAAAUAUUGUUGAACAAAAAUUGCAUUUAAAACAAUUGUGCAAAAGGUUGUGUAAUUUUCUGUGUAUGUUAACACAUUCGUUAUGGCUGUUAUUCUGGAAGAAGCACUAAACCCUUCCCCAUAUACGAACGAUGUUCCAGAAUGACACACUUCUGGGAAACGCUUGCUUUCGAAGAUUGUUGUAGGCUGUUGGGGGUAUUUUUGGAAUCAAAUCAGUGUCACAGGCAUU